AUGGUAACUGUUGAAGAGUUCAGAGAGCUGAAAAAGCAAAAGAAGCAGCUGGUUGGAAUUAUCAACGGAAUCGCUCAUUUUAGCCAAGCUUUCGAGAAGGGGAAACACGAACCGCAGAUUGAUGUACGCCUGGAAGCCAUCGAAGAAGCCGUGAAAAAGUUCUACAGUGUGCGUCAAAAAUUGAAAUCUUCUACGAAGAGCAGGAAACUGAAGGAAACCCGUCGGAGAACACUCGAGCGGAACGAGAAAUGCCGGGGGUUUUAUUUCGAUAUUUUGCUGACCGGGAGAAGAAAAUUGUUCGAGUGCGGUCCAACGCUGCAAGAGACGGUCUUCGGUUGGGUCGUGUCCGGAAGAGUUCCCAAAGCGCCAAGCAUCGUACCCGCGGCCACCAGUUACGUCAGCUCUACAGCUGAUCUACAAGAAAUGAUCUCCAGAUUUUGGGAAUUAGAUGCAUGUCAUGUGAAUCGCACACAUUCGGUGGAAGAAGCAGCGUGCGAAGAAGUGUUCACCAGAACCACAGUACGCGAUCAAGAAGGCAGGUUUGUAGUAACGCUGCCAAAGAAAGACCAUAUGUUGGAACGUCUAGGAGAAUCCCGAAGCAUAGCCAUGAAGCGGUUCAUCGGCUUGGAGAAGCGAUUCAGCGGGAACAAGCAGUUGAAGGAGGCCUAUAAGGAAUUCAUCCACGAAUACAUCCUAAUGGGCCACAUGAAAGAAGUCGAUGGUGAACAAGUCGUUGGGAAUCCGGUGUAUUACAUGCCGCACCACGCUGUGUUGCGGCCCGAGAGUACAACAACCAAGUUGAGAGUCGUGUUUGACGCGUCGUGCAAAACUUCAAGCGGAAUAUCGCUUAACGACGCUUUGAUGGUGGGACCAGUAGUCCAAAAUGAUCUAAUCUCCACAAUCCUCCGAUUUCGCCUCAACCGUAUUGCGGUCACGGCUGACGUUGCAAAAAUGUACCGCAUGGUUCGAGUGCAAGAAGAAGAUCAAGGUCUGCAGCGCAUUCUGUGGAGAGACACACCAGAGGAACCAGUGAAGACAUUCGAGCUGCUCACAGUCACGUACGGCACCGCGAGUGCCUCGUAUCUGGCCACAAGAUGUGUGAAGAAAUUGGGAGAAGACAACAGUUUGACACAUCCGAGAGGACUUUUAUGUCGACGACAUGCUGUCAGGUGCAAACACGGUAAACGAAGCUCGAAAGCUGAUGACGGAAGUGAUUCAGUUGACCGACACGGCAGGUUUCACCUUGAGAAAGUGGAAUUCGAACUCAGCAAGGCUACUUGCUAA